AUGCGCAUGCACAUAAACGCUUACCUCUGCACCACCAAUACGGACACGAGCUCGUGGAACUUGGGCGGCACGCCGCGCUUCCAGGAGAGGCCUUUGAAGGACGGUGCCGUGAUGUCGCUGUUCGCUCCCGUAUACGACUGCCCGUGGACGCUUGAGCGCACCAAUUUCGUCUCUGAGUUCAACUUCGAUGGGGGCAAGUGGACAUGCGGCGUCAGCGAGAUGCGGCAGAGUGGACGACCGUGCGUCGUGUAUUCAUUCGGCUCGAAUGCCGACUCCGCAUUCGAGGAUGGAGUGCGCCGCACAAACCCCGCAUGCGAGAUCCACAUCUUUGACCCUACUUCAAAGCCGCCGCCACGCUUCCGCGAAAAGGAGUACUCUUUCCACGAGAUGGGCCUGUGCAGUGAGCAGACGAAAGCAAACGGCAGAUUGACGAUGAAGUGCGACACCCUCAGCAGCAUCAUGCGCACGCUCAACCACACGCACGUCGACAUACUCAAAGCUGACGUGGAGGGCGAGGAGUACUCGUUCUUUACGAGCGAGCCGUGGCACAGGCAUGCGUCGGCCGUCGGCCAGAUACUCCUCGAAGUGCACCUGUAG